AGAUCUUCAAAACGACACCAAAAUGUACAGAACCAGUGACCAAACCCUAAAAACACACAACACCACCAUCUCCCUUAUAUAUAACAGCUCAACCUAAAUCUCACAUCUGAAGCGUCGGCGUAUCAGCAGAAACCCUAAUUCACAGUCAGGUAAGUCGGUGAAAAAUGGCGGUUCCGUUGCUGACAAAGAAGAUCGUGAAGAAGAGAGUCAAGAAGUUUAAGAGGCCACAGUGGGAUCGCAAGAUCUCCGUCAAGGAAAACUGGCGCAGACCAAAAGGUAUUGACUCUAGGGUCAGAAGAAAGUUCAAAGGUGUCACGUUGAUGCCAAAUAUUGGAUACGGCUCAGACAAGAAGACUCGACACUAUCUUCCAAAUGGAUUCAAGAAGUUUGUUGUUCACAAUGUCCAAGAACUUGAACUCUUGAUGAUGCAUAACAGGACUUACUGUGCUGAAAUUGCACAUGAUGUGUCCACAAGGAAGAGGAAAGAUAUUGUGGAGCGAGCUGCCCAGCUUGAUGUUGUUGUAACCAACAAGCUUGCUAGGUUACGUAGCCAGGAAGAUGAAUGAGCUGAACCUAGAAAUGUUGCGAGUUUUUAGUUUAUCAGUUUUGGAUCUAUAAAUUUUGAUUAAUGUAACAGUGUUAAAUACGGUGGCAAUUUGGAAUAUUUUUUAUAUUCA